AUCAUGGCUAAUAUAUGCAAUAGAGACACUCAUGUCCUUGUGCUUUCAUUUUUCAAUCUUAUUAGCAUUUCGAUCGCUUCUGUCAUCUCCACUGGGAAUUUUAAUAGUGAUUUCUACAUUACAUGGUCUCCUAGCCAUGUCUACGCUUCAGCAGAUGGACAUUCAAGGAGCCUGAAGCUAGACCAAGAGUCAGGAUCAUCGAUCGCCUCAAACGAUAUGUUCUUGUUUGGGCAGAUUGACAUGCAGAUUAAACUGAUACCGGGCUACUCCGCAGGCACUGUCCUAGCAUUCUAUCUCGCAUCCGACCAACCAAACCGAGAUGAGAUCGACUUUGAAUUCUUAGGAAAUGUGACCGGGCAGCCAUACAUUCUGCAAACAAAUGUAUAUGCUGAUGGUUUCGACAACCGAGAGGAGAGGAUCUUUCUAUGGUUCGAUCCAACCAAAGACUUCCACACCUAUUCAAUUCUUUGGAACCUUUAUCAAAUAGUGUUUAUGGUAGAUUGGGUGCCAAUAAGAGUGUAUAGAAAUCAUGCAGACAAAGGUGUGGCCUUUCCAAGAAGGCAGCCAAUGUCUCUCAAGGUGAGUUUAUGGAAUGGGGACAGCUGGGCUACGAGGGGAGGGCGCGACAAGGUUGACUGGUCAAAGGGCCCUUUCAUAGCCUCAAUGAGGAACUACAAGAUCGAUGCUUGUGUGUGGAAGGGGAACCCUAGGUUUUGCAGGGCUGAUAGCACCGCCAAUUGGUGGAACGAGCCCAGGUUCAGCAGCCUUACAUGGAACCAGAGGAGGCUGUUCAAAUGGGUCAGGAAGUACUACCUCAUCUAUGACUAUUGCCAGGACCCCAAGAGGUUCCAAAAUCAGCUACCAAGGGAGUGCUCUCUUCCCAAAUACUAGCCUAGAGGAAUUCACCUCUUGGAAUGUCAGCAAAUUAAACUGGUGUGUUUGAUGAGGAAAGAUAAUGAAUGAGCUUUCGGUUGGCCUUUGAUAUAUUUUUCUUAGACAACAAUAAUAGCAAAUGUAUGAAGUGCACCAA